AUGCCCUGUCCGGCAUGGUUGCAUGGGCCUAGGUUGCGAGUCUCUGGUACCGUAAUUGUAGGCGCAUGCGGCGGAUGGCCUGUCUCGUUGAUUAGCGCUCAAAAUUCAUUUCAAAAGCCUAUUCCGAACUCUGUCCUGAAUCCAGGCUUCGGGCCAGGUUGCAAUGGCAACUCUGCGUCUGGCUUCCUGUUGUUUACACGCCUCGUAGAGGCGCAUGUGUCUCCGUGGCGGAAAGGACAAUUGGACAGCUCACGCUUAAUCCAGCCAUGA